CCGGGAGUAGCUCGACCACACGCGAGGUCCCAGCCGCAGCUGUCUUCACUUUCGUUUCCCUGGGAUCCGAGGUCCGUAGUCACCGCGGUUUCGUUUCCGAGGCGUGGUUGAGGGCGCGGCUUGGGGGACCCAUGGCCCUAGUAAGCCGCCCUCGAGCCCCACUGUGGCUCGGGCGACUGUCGCGGAGGCUGUGCGUUCGACACCAGGCCUGCAUGGGGACCAUGGCUCGGCCGCGGCGCUUCACUGUAGAGCUGCCUGAUUGCUCCCUGACUCACUUCGUCCUGGGGGACGCGGCGGGCCACAGGGAUGCAGGCCUGGCAGAGCUGCUCGGGCCCCCUGGGCGCAGCUACGCACUGUGUGUGCCACUGGUUCCAGGCGAAGGCUGCGGGCCCCGGGUGCAGGCGGCCCGGGUGCACCAGCGCCUGCUGCAGCAGCUGCGCCGGGGUCCUUUGCAGAGGUGCCAGCUGAGCAAGCUGCUGGGCUACGGUCCAGGCGAUCAGGCUGGCGAAGCCCAGCAUGGCUUCCUGCUGCGCGACCCUUGCGACCACCCAGACACCCGGCGCGACUUGCUGCAGCUUCUGGGCUCGUGCCAGGAGGCGGUGCGCCCGCAGUUGGCUGAAUUCCAGGCCGACUCCCAGGGUUUGCUGUGGCAGCGUCUGUGGGAGUUGCAGGGAGACAGGCAGGUGCAGGUGGACUGCGCAUGCGUCCUGCCGUCACUAGAGCCUCAUCUACACCCAUUGCUGCCAAAUCUGCUCAACUCUGCGGUAUUCCAAGACAGGGACGCUGCACGGGCUGUACUGAAGGAGUGCACAUCCUUUAUUCCAGAAGCCCGGGCAGUGCUUGAUUUGGUGGAUCAGUGCCCAAAGGAGAUCCAGAAAGGGAAGUUCCAGGUCAUUGCCAUUGAAGGACUGGAUGCCACUGGUAAGACCACACUGACACAAUCGGUGUCAGAGUCUCUCAAUGCUGUCCUCCUACAGUCGCCACCCUCCUGCAUCAGUCAGUGGAGGAAGAUCUUUGAUGAUGAACCUACUAUCAUUCGAAGAGCCUUUUAUUCUUUGGGCAAUUAUCUCGUGGCUUCUGAAAUAGCUAAAGAAUCAGCCAAGUUUCCUGUUAUUGUAGACAGGUACUGGCAUAGCACAGCCACCUAUGCCAUAGCCACUGAGGUGAGUGGAGGCCUACAGUACCUACCCCCUGCCCACCACCCUGUGUACCAGUGGCCAGGAGACCUGCUGAAGCCUGACUUGGUCCUGCUGCUUACUGUGAAUUCUGAGGAGAGAGUGCGGAGACUGCGGGGCCGGGGCCAGGAGAAGACUAAAGAAGAGGCUGAACUUGAGGCCAAUAACAUGUUUCGUCAGAAAGUGGAAAUGACAUACCAGCGUAUGGAGAAUCCAAGCUGCCAUCUGGUCGAUGCCAGCCCCUCGAGAGAGAUAGUCCUGCAGAAUGUUUUACAGCUGAUCCAGAGUACUGGUCGUUAAUUGUAGUUGCUCUGGCCAGGUUCCCCAUUACAGCAGAAGAGAAGCUGUGUGAUGCAUCAAAAAUUAUCACUUGUCAUGCAGCUUCUUAGAUUUAGGUGGUAUAAGCAUACUUAGUGGAAAAGACUGGAGACUGAGCAGUUUGCUUUAUUUCUGACUGACUGAGCCAGCCAUAGCUGCUGAUUCAUUUCUGCCUGGCGAUGUACCAGCUUCUUGGGAUACAUUCUAACACCGUGAAUUUCUGAUCCUGUGGUGAGCCUGCUGGAGGACUUCCUGCAGCUGGAAGCUAAGGAUGUCAGCUUUGGCCCAUAUUGAUCAAUUGUGAUGAGCUAGCCUCAUUUGUUUUUACCUGAAACCCCAUAACUAAGGAUUGUUACAGAGCCUAGUUGUUCCUCGGAGUUAUUCAUGGGUGCAAAGAAGCCAUUGAUCUUACUUCAGAGGGUCAAGGAACACUUUGGACAGUGCCCUGAGUGAGCACCUCAGAAUUGAAUAUAUGUGUGUCCUGGAACUGCAAGCACUCCAAGCCCCUCUUGUUCUCGUUUGCUUGUCUGUAUUCCAUUUCUCAAAUCUGAAAUCUCGUUCUGAGUGUAAUGAGCAGACUGCACUGAUCUGGAUGCAUUGCACUUACCCAACACACCAAUUUGUUUAUAUUGAUGUUUACAUCAUGUGUUUCCUCAGUGUAGGAGCUGUGUGUGAGUCACACACACAAACUGAGGCCAAGGAGCUAAAUGCAGCAUUUGCUCAGUGUUUUCAUUACACAAAUUUAAUUUAUCUUAAUAAGCACCGUGGAUUCUGGAACGAGACUUCAUGGUAAAUUAUCAUGCAUUUUGAAUGUCUUCUGAUUGCAUGUGAAGUCAGCUUCGAGGGCUCUUUAGAUAGAGAAUUGGGCCCUGGAAGAGAAGCCUGGUGGCUCUGUAGCCUUGAGUUAGUCAUUUAAUAUUGAUAAUGUCAAAAGUUUGAUCUGAAAGGGGGCAGUUGGUGGGCUUCCAGAAAUAUUUACUUGGGAGACUGAGAAAGGAAAAUUGAAAGUUUUAGGAGUUAAGUUCAGAACUAGCCUGGGCAGUGAGUGUAGUGAGACCUUGUCUCAAGAUAAAAACUACGAAGUGGACUGGGGGUGAAACUCCAUAGUGGACCACUGUACUGAAUAUUCUAUCCUGGGGUUCAGGCCCUGGGGUCCAUUCUCAGUACCAUAAGAAUGAAAAUAUAAACAGAAAAACAAAUAAGCAAUUAAACAAUAAAAGGAAUUAAGUCAUGUUUGAUUGUAAGAAGGUGGCUGGCCCAGAUUGUUAUUUAACAUUCCAGUUCCAGUGUGGAUGCCUUCCUACAUCAUUCCGAUCCCAUGUCCCAUUUAUUAAGAAGGAUCUAUCCUCAAGUAAUAAUAUUAAAUUUACAAAAGCCUUUACCUUAAGCUUAACCUAUAAGAUUUAAUGUUAACAUCUUAAUAUUUUUCACUUUGGGACUAUGUAUAACUUAUAAAUAAUGUGCCUAUGUAUAUACAUAUAUACAUAUGUUGGCUUCUGUAGAACAUAUUUUUAAAGCUUAUAAAUAACAUUAGAGUUCUCUGUAAUGUGACAGCUACUUCUUGGAAGGGUUUUGUUCAAGCCUCUUUGAAAUGACUGCACCAGAGGCUGAGAAGGAAGUCUUAGUGCUCUCUUCAUGAAACCUGACAGUGAAUAAACUUGCUCUGACAUUCCUAA